AUGCACCUGGCCAUGGUGGUCCAGUGGUUAGGGUAUGGGGAAAGUUAGCAGUCAUUUGCUGGUUCGAAUCCCCCAAGGGGGGAAAAAAAGGAAAAAACCUAUGUUUUGUGUGUUCCAUUGAGAAAGGCACUUGGUGCCAACUAUUUUAUGGUACGUUGUUGAUGGGAAUUCAGGCCAUCUAGUGACCAUCAACAAACAUUUCGGGGAACUACCCUUUAUUCUGGUUGGAUGUUUUUGAGCUUGCAGCCAGCCAGGAACCCUUGGUGUCACAGCAAUACUCCCCAAUCCCUUGGCUAGCACUCCUACUACCAAGUUAUAUAAAUAUAGCAAUGUUUCAGUUAAAAUCUUGGAAAGGAUUUCACCUCUAUCUUUCUCACCAACAGGAGGCGCCAGAUCAGGGGGUAAGACUAGGACAGGGCAGCUCCAGGGUCAAAUGACGAUUGAUGGGCCAAACAAUGGGCAACACCCUAAAAACAUCCAAUCUGAGCCCUCCCAAAAAGACAGCAUGCCACUGCCAGUCCAAGACCCUUGUACAACUGGUGCCUCAAUACACCCACCCCAGCACCAACCCCCAUCCCCAGCAACCCUACAGAAACUGUCGUAUCACAAAGCCAGACCAAAAUACAAGGUGGUGGAUUGGAAUUUUGAGGGAAACAAACCAAUACUGGUGUUGGGAGACUCCAAUGUGAACAGAAUCCCUCCAUUCCACAACCCAGACAUACAAGUCGACAGCUACCCCGGGGCAACUUUUUAUCAUUUCACAAAGGUCCUGGAGAAAACAGCGGUUCAUGUAGACACCAGUAUGGUGGUUCACUCGGUGGGCAUAAACACAUAUGGAUAAUGACCCAUACAAAACCUCAAUCAAGCAGAUUGCAUCAAUGCACAAGGAAGCCAGAGUCCACUUUUCCCUAAACGCAAUAUCUACAGCCCCAUCAUUAAAAACACUAAAACACUCAAGGUGGGAAACACCCUUUCACACCAGACCAAAACCUUAAAGUUAUUGAAUGGUUACAUCACUACAUAAUUGCCCAUUUCUCUUGGAAGAUACCCCAUGACACAUUUCACACAACAGCAGAUCUGAUACAACUGGACAACCCACAGCAGACCCUGAUCCACUGGACAAACAACCCACAGCAGACCUGAUACACUGGACCAACAACCACAGCAGACCUGAUCCACUGGACCAACAACCACAACAUCAACCUGAUACACUGGACAACAACCACAGCAGCUGUACACUGGACACAACCCAGCAGACUGAUCACUGGACAACACCACAGCAACCUGAUCACGACAACAACCACAGCAACCUGAUACACUGGACAACAACCACAGCAACCUGAUCCACUGGAAAACAACCCAGCAGACCUAUCACUGGACAACAACCACAGCAGACCUGAUCACUGGACAACAACCACAGCAGACCUGAUACACUGGACAACAACCACAGCAGACCUGAUACCUGACAACAACCACAGCAGACCUGAUCCACUGGACAACAACCACAGCACCUAUACACUGGACAACAACCACAGCAGACCUGAUCCUGGACAACAACCACAGCAGACCUGAUCACUGGACAACAACCACAGCAGACCUGAUCACUGACAACAACCACAGCAGACCUGAUCACUGGACAACAACCACAGCAGACCUGAUCCACUGGACACAACCACAGCAGACCUGAUCACUGGACAACAACCACAGCAGACCUGAUCACUGGACAACAACCACAGCAGACCUGAUCCACUGGACAACAACCACAGCAGACCUGAUACACUGGACAACAACCACAGCAGACCUGAUACCACUGGACAACAACACAGCAGACCUGAUCACUGGACAACAACCACAGCAGACCUGAUCACUGGACAACACCACAGCAGACCUGAUACACUGGACAACAACCACAGCAGACCUGAUCACUGGACAACAACCACAGCAGACCUGAUCCACUGGACAACAACCACAGCAGACCUGAUACACUGGACAACAACCACAGCAGACCUGAUCCACUGGACAACAACCACAGCAGACCUGAUCACUGGACAACAACCACAGCAGACCUGAUCCACUGGACACACCACAGCAGACCUGAUACACUGGACAACAACCACAGCAGACCUGAUCCACUGGACAACAACCACAGCAGACCUGAUCACUGGACAACAACCACAGCAGACCUGAUACACUGGACAACAACCACAGCAGACCUGAUCCACUGGACAACAACCACAGCAGACCUGAUACACUGGACAACAACCACAGCAGACCUGAUACACUGGACAACAACCACAGCAGACCUGAUCCACUGGACAACAACCACAGCAGACCUGAUACACUGGACAACAACCACAGCAGACCUGAUCCACUGGACAACAACCACAGCAGACCUGAUCCACUGGACAACAACCACAGCAGACCUGAUCCACUGGACAACAACCACAGCAGACCUGAUACACUGGACAACAACCACAGCAGACCUGAUCCACUGGACAACAACCACAGCAGACCUGAUACACUGGACAACAACCACAGCAGACCUGAUCCACUGGACAACAACCACAGCAGACCGAUCACUGGACAACAACCACAGCAGACCUGAUACACUGGACAACAACCACAGCAGACCUGAUACACUGGACAACAACCACAGCAGACCUGAUCCACUGGACAACAACCACAGCAGACCUGAUACACUGGACAACAACCACAGCAGACCUGAUCCACUGGACAACAACCACAGCAGACCUGAUCCACUGGACAACAACCACAGCAGACCUGAUACACUGGACAACACCACAGCAGACCUGAUACACUGGACAACAACCACAGCAGACCUGAUCCACUGGACAACAACCACAGCAGACCUGAUCCACUGGACAAACCACAGCAGACCUGAUACACUGGACAACAACCACAGCAGACCUGAUCCACUGGACAACAACCACAGCAGACCUGAUCCACUGGACAACAAAACCACAGCAGACCUGAUACACUGGAAAACAACCACAGCAGACCUGAUCCACUGGACAACAACCACAGCAGACCUGAUCCACUGGACAACAACCACAGCAGACCUGAUCCACUGGACAACAACCACAGCAGACCUGAUACACUGGACAACAACCACAGCAGACCUGAUCCACUGGACAACAACCACAGCAGACCUGAUCCACUGGACAACAACCACAGCAGACCUGAUCCACUGGACAACAACCACAGCAGACCUGAUCCACUGGACAACAACCACAGCAGACCUGAUCCACUGGACAACAACCACAGCAGACCUGAUACACUGGACAACACCAAGCAGACCUGAUCCACUGGACAACAACCACAGCAGACCUGAUACCACUGGACAACAACCACAGCAGGACCUGAUCCAACUGGAACAAAACAACCACAGCAGACCUGAUCCACUGGAACAACAAACCACAGCAGACCUGAUCCACUGGACAACAACCAAGCAGACCUGAUACCACUGGACAACAACCACAGCAGACCUGAUCCACUGGACAACAACCACAGCAGACCUGAUACACUGGACAACAACCACAGCAGACCUGGAUCCACUGGGACAACAACCACAGCAGACCUGAUACACUGGACAACAACCACAGCAGACCUGAUCCACUGGGACAACAAACCACAGCAGACCUGAUCACUGGACAACAACCACAGCAGACCUGAUCCACUGGACAACAACCACAGCAGACCUGAUCCCACUGGACAACAACCACCAGCAGACCUGAUCCACUGGGACAACAACCACAGCAGACCUGAUCCACUGGACAACAACCACAGCAGACCCGAUACACUGGACAACAACCACAGCAGACCUGAUACACUGGACAACAACCACAGCAGACCUGAUACACUGGACAACAACCACAGCAGACCUGAUCCACUGGACAACAACCACAGCAGACCUGAUACACUGGACAACAACCACAGCAGACCUGAUCCACUGGACAACAACCACAGCAGACCUGAUCCACUGGACAACAACCACAGCAGACCUGAUACACUGGACAACAACCACAGCAGACCUGAUCCACUGGACAACAACCACAGCAGACCUGAUCCACUGGACAACAACCACAGCAGACCUGAUACACUGGACAACCACAGCAGACCUGAUACACUGGACAACAACCACAGCAGACCUGAUCCACUGGACAACAACCACAGCAGACCUGAUCCACUGGACAACAACCACAGCAGACCUGAUACACUGGACAACAACCACAGCAGACCUGAUCCACUGGACAACAACCACAGCAGACCUGAUCCACUGGACAACAACCACAGCAGACCUGAUCCACUGGACAACAACCACAGCAGACCUGAUACACUGGACAACCACAGCAGACCUGAUCCACUGGACAACAACCACAGCAGACCUGAUCCACUGGACAACAACCACAGCAGACCUGAUACACUGGACAACAACCACAGCAGACCUGAUCCACUGGACAACAACCACAGCAGACCUGAUACACUGGACAACAACCACAGCAGACCUGAUCCACUGGACAACAACCACAGCAGACCUGAUACACUGGACAACAACCACAGCAGACCUGAUCCACUGGACAACAACCACAGCAGACCUGAUCCACUGGACAACAACCACAGCAGACCUGAUACACUGGACAACAACCACAGCAGACCUGAUCCACUGGACAACAACCACAGCAGACCUGAUCCACUGGACAACAACCACAGCAGACCUGAUACACUGGACAACCACAGCAGACCUGAUACACUGGACAACAACCACAGCAGACCUGAUCCACUGGACAACAACCACAGCAGACCUGAUCCACUGGACAACAACCACAGCAGACCUGAUACACUGGACAACAACCACAGCAGACCUGAUCCACUGGACAACAACCACAGCAGACCUGAUCCACUGGACAACAACCACAGCAGACCUGAUCCACUGGACAACAACCACAGCAGACCUGAUACACUGGACAACCACAGCAGACCUGAUCCACUGGACAACAACCACAGCAGACCUGAUCCACUGGACAACAACCACAGCAGACCUGAUACACUGGACAACAACCACAGCAGACCUGAUCCACUGGACAACAACCACAGCAGACCUGAUACACUGGACAACAACCACAGCAGACCUGAUCCACUGGACAACAACCACAGCAGACCUGAUACACUGGACAACAACCACAGCAGACCUGAUCCACUGGACAACAACCACAGCAGACCUGAUACACUGGACAACAACCACAGCAGACCUGAUCCACUGGACAACAACCACAGCAGAUCUCUUUUUUAA